UUACCAGGGAAACCCUAAUAGGUCGUUUCAUUUAUUAAAAUUUCCUUUUGGUUCUUUGGUUCUUGCUAACUUACUAAUUGUUGUCCUCGAUGGGGCGUUUUUGCGCCUUUGUUCUUGUUCUCGUGAUUCACAGCUCGGCCGCUGAAUGUCCGCCGGUUGGAUGUACGACCAUUUUGGGCCGACGCAGUACGUUCAUAGGCGGUCAAGUACGGGAUGGCGUAAUUACGAGACCAUUUUUUGGUCACAGGUUCCCUAGUUCUCAGACGAUAGUCAAUGAUCAGAAGAUCUGCAGAUACCAAUUUCUGUUCUUUGUUCAUCCGACCCUUUGAUGAAAUCAUGAUUUGAUUGAUUCCAAAGCAAAGUAUCAAGCUCCAACACGCCAAUGAUUAUCAAAAGAUUUACGGUUAGAUACCCGUCCGCUCUUUGUCAUCCCUCGAUUAUCA